GCGUUGAGAGAGCUAAACAAAAUUUUGAUUGAAAGAUUUCCCUUUUCAGUUCCAAAGGAUCCUCGGACACUUUUAAAUUGCCAGAAAAUAAAUAUAUCAGUAACUCCAAUUGAUUCUGGCCAAUAUUGGCACAAUGGACUAAUCAAUACCCUAAAAAUGGUUUUACAACAUUUAGAUACUGUACCAAAGAAAAUAUCUCUUAAUGUAAAUAUUGAUGGUUUACCAUUAUUCAAAAGUUCUAAGCAUCAAGUGUGGCCAAUCUUGUGCAACAUUCAUGAAUACCCCAACAUCCCACCGUUGGUGGUGGGUGUAUAUGAGGGCACAAAUAAACCUGUAGAUUUAAACUCAUUCUUGCAACCGUUUGUUGAUGAAUUACUGGAGCUUUACCGUAAUAAUUUAAAAUUAACCACACAACAGAAUAUUGAAACAACAACCACAGUAAACCUGAGAGCUAUUAUAUGUGAUUCUCCUGCAAGAGCAUUAAUUAAAGGAGUAUGUAAUUUUAACGCAAAACAUGGAUGUCUUAAAUGCAAUGUAGUUGGUGAAUACUCUCAUGUUUCUCAUACUGUCACAUUUCAAGAAACGAAUAGCGUAAGAAGAAAUGAUACAGACUUUCGUGCCAAAAAAUAUGGUGACCACCACAAACGUGAUUCUCCUUUUCUCCAAUUACCAAUAGACAUGGUUGAAGACUUCCCCGUCGGAGAUUCUCUUCAUUUGGUUGACUUAGGCAUCAUGAAGCGGUUAUUGUUUGGAUGGAGAGAUGGGAAUUUAGGAAAACUUACAACUAAAUGGUCGACUAGAGAUAUUGCAAAAGUGACGCAAUUUAUAAUGAGCUGUCGUAUGCCAAGGGAAAUUCAUAGGAAUUUAAGAGGUUUACAUGAUUUAUCCAACUGGAAAGCUACUGAAUAUCGCACAUUUCUUCUUUAUGCUAGUUUUAUUAUAUUAAAGGAUGUUUUGGCUUAUGGUCCAUACCACCACUUCUUGAAUUUCUUUUGUGCUGUUACGAUUUGUUCAAGCCAACAGCAUUUUCAGUUUUUGCCGAUUGCACGAAUGAUGUUGUUAUAUUUUGUUGAACAUUACAGAGAUCACUAUGGUAAAGAAUAUAUAACAAGUAACGUCCAUAACUUGAUCCAUCUUGUUGACGAAGUCAAGAGAUUCGGUCCAUUACAAACUUUCAACGCGUAUCCGUUCGAAAAUAAAUUAAGUUCUAUUAAACGAACAAUAAGAAAAGGUAACAAACCUCUUCAACAAAUUGGUAACCGACUAAUGGAAAGAAAUACAAUAGAAAUUGAACAAUUCAGUAAUAAUGAUAACAAUAUACCUGUUAUUAAAACAUAUAAAUAUAAAAAAACUUCUAUAACGAUGAUUCGCCUGGAUUCAUUUAUUCUCUCCACAGAUAACCAAAAUAAGUGGUUCUUAACUAACAACAAUGAUGUUUUCGAGAUUAUAUCUAUGGUAAAUUACGACACUUGUAUAAGUUUCAUUGGGAAUAUUAUUCAAAAUGUCAGCGAGGUUUUUGAAAAGCCUAUUAAGUCGUCAUUUUUAAAUAUAUUUAUGACCAAUUGUACCAGUAUAAGAAGAUUGAAAACUUCAUUUAAUAUUGCUGAUAUAAAGUGUAAGUUAGUUGUUAUAGAAUAUGGUUCAAACAAUUAUUAUGUACCACUAAUUCAUACUCUGAAAUAA